AUGAGGCAGUGCGCUCUCUUUUCUUACCUCUUCUAUUGCAUAUUAUAUGGUGGACGACUAUACUUGCCAUUCGUAUUUGUGGAGGCCAAUGGGAAUGUCUUUCUUCGAGGAGUAGUCAACACCCAACCUCAAACCGUUUCUGGGAAAGCUGACGUACUUGGUGUCAAUUGUCCAGGAGCUCGUUCACUGAAAGACAUUCCGGUUGUAACCGGUGGCACCACAUCCAUAAUAAUUCAACAAUCAGAGCCUUCCGCUUUAGCCUCGUCUAUUUCAAAUGAUGGAAGCAUGAGCUUCAGCCAGGAAGUCUUGUACAAAUGUAGUGAGGAUCCAAGUCUCCUAGCAGCACCAGGAGUUUGGUAUAGCGUAGUGGGAACCGAUGCCUCGAUUCACGCCUCGCUAUUGUUUGAGAAUGAAUCUGUGCAAAAGAUGGCUGUCUUUGAAGCAACAGAUGGAUGUCAGCCAAGUCAGUGUUUGAUGGUUUCCAAUUCGUUUGAUAGGCAACUCGAUUGGUUUGCCGAAAGUGAUACAACUUAUCUCGUCAAGGUUUUUGGAGCUUCGGCGGCACAAUCAGGGCCCUUUGUCUUGCAAAUGGAGGAAAUUUCAUCGCCCCGUCCACACAAUGACAGAUGUCAUACAGCAGAAGCCUUGCAAAUAGGAAUCGUUACUCGGGAUGCCUCCUUCGAAGCAUGGCCUCAUGGUCUUGCAAACGCGGAGUGUAAUCUGGAUGCCCAUUCUCGAGGACUCUUCUACGCUCUUGAAGGCACUGGUCAAGUCAUUACGAUCACACUUCGACCAAACAUUAGUGAAGGAAAGUUAGGCCUCGUGAUAUUAUCGGGCGAUGAUUGUGGAAUCUGUAUGGGUCACAGUCGAUUUGUGACUGCGAUUGAUUCCAAACAAAUCAUUAACUUGCCAACCCAAAUUGGGGAAAUGUACCACAUCUUGGUCUCGGGCGAAGAUAUUGGCGAUGCGGGAAGCUUUCAGCUAUCUGCCUCAUGA